AAAAUAUCAUCAUAAAACGAAAAACGUGGUUUUAAAAAGAAAAAAACGAUAUAUCCGAAAGGAAAGCGAUGGUAACACUUUCUCAUACCUGUGAUCGUGAUUCGUGAACGUGUACCUCGCUUUCCAUCUCUUGGCGAAUCAAAUCGAAAAAAAUCUUCUCUUCGUUUCCGUUUCGACCUCUCCAGAAACAAAGGCAGUUACCCGAUCAUCGUAGCCCGACCCGAAUCCCCAAGAUGAACGACGCCGACGUUUCCAAGCAGAUCCAGCAGAUGGUCCGAUUCAUCCGCCAGGAGGCGGAAGAGAAGGCCAACGAGAUCUCCGUCUCCGCCGAAGAAGAAUUCAAUAUCGAGAAGCUGCAGUUGGUGGAGGCUGAGAAGAAGAAGAUCAGACAGGAAUACGAGCGCAAGGAGAAACAAGUUCAAGUGCGCAAGAAGAUUGAGUACUCAAUGCAACUGAAUGCUUCUCGAAUCAAGGUUCUCCAAGCUCAGGAUGAUUUGGUCAAUUCCAUGAAGGAUGAUGCAUCGAAGGAACUUCUGAGUGUUAGCAGUGACCAGAAAAAAUAUAAAAAUCUCCUGAAGAAUCUCAUUGUUCAGAGUUUGUUGAGGCUGAAAGAGCCAUCUGUGCUGUUGCGCUGUCGUAAAGAAGACGUGCAAUUGGUGGAGUCUGUCUUAAGUUCAGCAAAGGAAGAGUAUGCAGAGAAAGCAAAAGUUCAUCAACCUGAGAUCAUAGUUGACAAAAUCUAUCUUCCACCGGCUCCUUCUAAGCAGAAUGAGCAUGAUCGCUAUUGUUCUGGAGGCGUGGUGCUGGCUUCUAGGGAUGGGAAAAUUGUUUUUGAGAACACUCUUGAUGCUAGACUGGAGGUUGUAUUCCGUAAAAAGUUACCAGAGAUACGCAAGAGUCUGUUCGGUCAGAUUGCUGCUUGAUGGUUGAAAGCCUUGUGUCUCUAUGAUAGUGGCUUCGCCAUCGAUCCAAGAGAUUCUCAUCUGGUGGCUAUAUGUGCUCUGUUCUCUCAUCACAUUCUUAAUCGCAUCAUGAGGUGCACGUUUUCCACAUUCCGUGUUUACUUGGCCGUUCAGUGAUUUGCUUAAGUUUAUGUAUGCAUAGAAGUUUAGCUCGACACUACUAUUAUUUUUACUUUUAAAGAGGACACUGCUAUUUAUUUUUUUGAUUUUAAGUAUGUGUAAUAAUUGUAAGGUGCUUGGACCUAGUUUUUGUUCCUGGUGUUAAUAAAUCAGAUGACAGAGAUCGUCUUGAAAAAA